GUGUGUGUCACACAACUACUCGCAUCAGAACGCUGUAAUUCACACUAGAUUGUCUACUUUUAGACAAAUAAACACAUUUUGUACGACGGGCCACGGCCGUGUUUGGUUUAGUUGGAAGACUUUAGAGCAGCUGUGCUGGAUUGCUCAGCAGCACGUCCUCCACUCCGAGAAGCCCAGAAUAGCUUGUUGCAUAUCUGCUUUUUAUUGGCUGAAACACACUGGGGACCAAGUUGUUUGAGGUUCCUCAUGAAAAAGGAAAAGUCCCUGAAGGUGGGAGAAUGGGCUCGGCUAUGUCCUGAGCUGCACACAAACUUUCAACACAGCAGCGGGUGCCAACAUUUCAACAAUGCCGUCUCUCUUCUUGUUGCUGCUGCUUGUCUUCUUUUCUUUCUCCAGAUCUCCAAGAUAGAGUCCUUCAGGAGUAAAGUGGACCUGCUACGUCUACCUUUGACCCUUUCUUCCAAGUCCAUCAGCAAACGCAAGAGCCAGUUGGGUGUAGUCUGGGCAAAGGGCGGCGGCUCGGGUUCAGGAGUAGCACAGAAACUCCGCCCACCGCUGGCCUCCGACAUGGACAACGAGUCAACGUACUCGGGCUACUCCUACAAGUCUUCCCACUCACGAAGUUCCCGGAAACACAGAGAGAGAAGAGAUAAGCAUCGCUCCAAGAGUCGAGACGGAGCUACUCGUGGAGACAAGUCCGUGGUCAUCCAGGUCCCAGGAGAGCCGCUGCUGGAUGCAGAGUCCACCGUAGCUGAUGAGAGGGACGAUAACUGGGGGGAGACCACCACUGUGGUUACAGGGACCUCUGUGGACAGCAUCUCCAAUGAAGACCUGACCCGCAUCUCUAAGGACUUGGAGGACUCCAUACCCCUCGACUGUCACCGCUACGUCAGCCCAGUUCUGGGAGCCAUGUUGGGGCUCCUCUCUGUGGUCACUCCUCUGGCCUUCUUGGCCCUCCCACAGCUCCUCUGGCGGGAUACCCUGGACCCCUGUGGGACGCCCUGUGAGGGUCUUUACAUUUCUCUGGCCUUCAAGCUCCUCAUCCUCCUCAUUUCCACAUGGGCGCUGUUCCUACGCCCUUCCCGAGCCACGCUGCCACGCUUCUUUGUCUUCCGCUGCCUGCUGCUAGCACUUGUGUUUCUUUUUGUGGCAUCUUAUUGGCUCUUCUAUGGAGUGCGGGUGUUGGAGCCCAGGGAGACGGACUACAGAGGGAUCGUGGGGUACGCCGCAUCUUUGGUGGAUGCGUUGCUCUUCAUUCAGUACCUCUCCCUGGUGUUGUUGGAAGUGCGACACCUGCAGCCCGCUUUCUGUCUGAAAGUUGUCAGGACCACCGAUGGAGUGAGCCACUUCUAUAACGUGGGUCAUCUCAGUAUUCAACGGGCAGCAGUGUGGAUCCUGGAUCAGUAUUAUAGUGACUUCCCCGUCUAUAAUCCUGCUCUGCUCAACCUCCCCAAGUCCAUCCUCACCAAGAAGAUGUCCUCCUUCAAAGUCUACAACCUGGAGGAAGCAGAUAACGGCACCAACAACUCCACAAGCCAGUCCAGAGCCAUGAUUGCAGCCUCCGCUCGGAAAAGAGACAAUUCCCAUAACGAGUACUACUAUGAGGAGGCAGAGGUGGAGCGGAGGGUUCGCAAACGCAAGGCCAGACUAGUGGUGGCGGUAGAAGAAGCCUUCACCCACAUUAAACGUCACCAGGUGGACGAGUCACCUACUCCCGCCACCAAACAUCCACGGGAGGUGAUGGACCCUCGGGAGGCCGCCCAGGCCAUAUUCGCCCCCAUGGCACGGGCCAUGCAGAAGUACCUCCGGGCCACCAGGCAGCAGUCGUACCACAGCAUGCAGAGCAUCAUCAAUCAUCUGCAGUUCUGUAUUACCCACAACAUGACCCCCAAGGCCUUCCUGGAGCGUUAUCUCAACCCAGGCCCCACCCUUCAGUACUUGGACAACAACAGGGGGCGCCAGUGGACACUAGUGAGUGAGGAGCCAGUGACAGCCUCCCUCCGUCAUGGUCAGGUCUUCAGCCUGAAACGCCUUGACUUCUCCCUGGUCGUCACGGUAACGCCCCUCCCCUUCCUGCGCGUGGGCGAGGAGUUUAUCGACCCCAAAAGCCACAAGUUUGUCAUGAAGCUUCAGUCUGAGACAUCGGUGUAGGCUGGAGGAAGUUGGUUAGUCAAAGAUACUAAUCCUGCAGGGCGUUGUUUUUCUUGUCGACUGUUUUAGUAUGAAGCUAUUUUACAUGGUGAAUGACUGAUGACAAACGUGUCCAGCGAGGAUUAUGUGUUUAUCACCAAGCUGUUUGGGCAAUGUAGGACCAGAAAUACUCACUCAUGGUUCUGAUUGGUUCAGGGAAGAAAAAGGAGAAGCUGACUGUUUGUGAUAAUGUGCUGGGCGCUUCCUCUUCCGCCCAGAGUCAAAGACUUAAAAAACGUUGUUGUAUGGACUGUGGCUAGAAACAAAAGCUCUCCAAAGUUCACAUUAAACACUGGAUUCUUGUUUUA